GCCCGCGCCGGCAUCUCCCGCUUCCGCCGCUCAGCCUGAGGUAGCGCGUGAGGAGACGGUUGGCGCCGCGCGGCCCACCGCGUUUGUUGGUGGCGGUUGCUGCGGGUUGGCGCGCGGGGGUGCAGGCAGGUGCUUUCCUUUCCUUUCCUGUUUCUUAAGCGCGGGAAGCCGCGUUUCUUCGUAUCCCUCCCCGCUUCAGCAUUCGGCCGGGCGCUCCUUCCUCCCUCCCUCCCCACCCGCCUCAGGGCGGCGAUUGGUAGCGAAGGGAAAGCUGUUGAUAACGGACCCCCCCACACACACGCUUGGGCUUUUCUCUCUCUUUUUAAACAGUAGUAAUAAUAACAAGUGAAUCCACAGACGGCUUAGCCGCGUUUAGUCUGUCGCUGCGAGAGCAGCUCCAAGUGUCUUAAGAGGCUACAAAUGGGUUGAAGCUGUCGUAAAAAUAAACAUAAAAGGCCAGAGGCCGCAGCUUCAGGUAAAAGAGGAGGCGGACUUGGCUGAAGCUUCUUCCGCAGCGAAUUAUGUCCGUCUUCAGUAAGCCUCCUCAAGGCUCUUAAUUUCACAAACUGAACACACUUCCUUAAGCUUCUUGCCAGUUUAGGACAUCCGCCCAUCGUAUGGCUUAUUUGAGGUGACAGAUUGUUUGCCUCGUGCCUUAAACGUGUGCUAUCCUUUGUUCAUAACCACCGAUUUGACAUUAAAGCAUACUGAUUUUAGAAAUAUACUGGUGGCUUUUUUUUGUUUUCUUGUUAUCCUCCAUGUUGGUUCAUUUACAACAUAAUAGGAAAAUAGGUUGGAAACAAUAUGUUACAUUCCUAGUCUUGUAAAUUUGUCUGCGGUUAUAGUUCUAACAAACAAAGAUUUCUAUGCAUACUUUUAAAAUAAUAUUAAAUCUUCUAUUUUAUCCACAGUACUGGAAGCAGAAGUUGUACAAUAUAUUGAUUCCAACAUUUGUAGCAUCUUCAGGGAAAAAAGGAAAGUGAGAUAGUUAGAAAGCUCAUGUCAUCAGGAAUGCUACCAGAAAACCUUGAGGCAUCCAAGCUUACUGAUGUAAAAGGAGAUGGGAAGUGCAGCCUUGAUCAAAUGGGAAAUGAAUUACUGGAAAAGAUGGAGAAUAUUGAAGCUAUGUCAAAGAGGCAAAGAAAGAAGCUAAUGAAACAGAAACAGUGGGAAGAACAAAGAAACUUGCGCAAGUAUGGGUUAUUUUUUUGCUACAAGUGUGGGUUAAUAACUGAGCAGGUUCGGGUUAUAUUCUUCUCUCUAUCCCCAAUUUGUAUAAAAGAAAAGAUCAGAAGUGGACUUCUUUCUCCCAUGCCCUUUCUUUUAUUCCCAUUACUGUGGGGAGAAGUGAAAAAACGUGUUAGGGAAAACUAACAUUUAUUUAAAUGCAGGAUUGCAUGAUAAAAACCUGCUUAGAAACUACUGCAAAAUCUAUGUUUGUUUUACAUUACACUAGGCAGUUGAUAUAAUCACCUGAUUAGAAUAAAUGAGACACAGGAAUCUAAUACAUUUCACAUAUGAUUUAAUGUGUGUAUCAUGUUUUAGUUUUCAUGCCUUCCAUUAUUCAGAUAUGGAAGAAGGAAAUUGUGCAUUUAUUCUUCUUGACCUUGGCAUUUCUAUCCCACAACAUGGCUAACAGUUGCAAUGGAGUUCUUGAGCUUUAACCAACACUCUCUUCAAAUCCCUCUUCCAUUUUUUCUGUGCUGCAGUUUGUGUGAAGCUUUUGUUUUGUCCCAGUCAAGACACUGGAAGGCAGAAUAGGUUCAGUUGUACUUCUGCGUUGAUUAACUGUUUCUCCUUGAGCAGCAGCUUUCUCUAAAAAUCAUUUUUUAUAGACAGUUGCUUAUGAAAGACUAAGAGUAAAGCUAUUAUUUGUCUUGCAAAAGGAUAACAGCAAAUCUUUCCCCUGGGAUGAAGGUGAUGAAAUGGAUGAACAUUUAAAGAAAGGGUGUGUAUGUAGAACUAGGCAUUGCGAGUGCAGGGGCACAAGACAGCAAGUCAGAGAGGCCAGAGCACUGCAGGUCAAAACACAAAACACUUGAAGAGAAAGACUGUAUAAAAGUGUUUGUACUCUAGUGCUAAAAGCCAUUUGAGACAAGAUGGGUGAGCUAGAGUGCUUAACUCUUCUACUACCAUCUCUUUAUGUUGCAUAUGUGUGCAGAAUCAUUGUAUAAUUAAUACCAUGGCACUUGGGUGUUAAUUGCUAUCUUUCAGACAGAAACGUAAAGAAAAACGCCUGAAGAGAAAACAAGAGCGCCAGUCUCAGUUGGAAUCUAGCAACGACGGAAGUUUCAGGAAACGUUUGCGUAGAGAUGUUGUUCCUAGUACCCUUCGCCUUAUUAUAGAUUGCAGUUUUGACAAUUUAAUGGAGUUAAAGGUAAAUGAAAGUUAUACUUUUCAGAAGCAAGUUACUUAGGGUGCUUUUGUUUGGUUAUUAGGGUAUGCCUAUAAUAGUGUAGGUCAGAGCUUUCCAAACUGUGUGUUGCCACAUGUUAGUGUGUUGGGUGUCGCGUGUAGGUGUGUCGCGUGUACACUCUUAGCACUCCUCCCAGGGCUAGAAAGGGGUUACCGUAUUUUUUGCUCUAUAAGACUCACUUUUUCCCUCCUAAAAAGUAAGGGGAAAUGUGUGUGCGUCUUAUGGAGCGAAUACAGGCUGUGCAGCUAUUGCAGAAGCCAGAACAGCAAAAGGGAUUGCUGCUUUCACUGCGCAGCGAUCCCUCUUGCUGUUCUGGCUUCUGAGAUUCAGAUUUUUCCCCCCCUUGUUUUCCUCCUCCAAAAACUAGGUGCGUCUUGUGGUCUGGUGCGUCUUAUAGAGCAAAAAAUACGGUAGUUUAAUCUCUGGUUUCCUAGUAAAACUGAAUUACUGUCUCACGAAAUGAUGCAUGUCUAAAAGGUGUGUCACCAACAUGAAAAGUUUGGAAAGCUUUGGUGUAGGGCUGUAGGUCCAUACAGAUAUGUUAGUAAAAUAAGGCUAUUGAGAUUGAAACUAAUGUAUAAUGUUUCUGUUUUACAACAGUGGGUAGUAUGUAACCCUGGUAUUUAGUGAGUACCACUGGUGUCCAAUAGGCUUGGAGACAUUUGCAUCUCACUUUCCUAAAUACUAUUUUAGUUGACUAAUUCCAAGAAUAAAAAUGUUUGUUCUACUGUACUUAAUAAUGAAUGGCAGUUGAAAGCACAUGGUGAAGAAAUUCCUUCUAAUUCUAUUAGGAGUUGUGCAUCACUGUUAAUUAUUACAGUGGUUAGACUAGGAUUACUGUCCUGUACACACUUAAUUAUAAGAAAGUUCCACUGAUUUCAGAGGGGCUUGUUCUCAAAUAAGCACCCAUAGAAUUGCAGCUUAGAUAUUUCCUUUUCAGUUUUAACUUGUUUGUAAAUUAGUAUUAAUUUUUAUUUUCAACAUGAUGAAUUUUAAGUAAAGUACAAUAGUGAAUAUGUGAGAUCUUAGAAAAAUUAUUUAAUUGCAAUGUUAUUUUUUAUAGUGACUUAAUAUUUCUUUUCCAAAAAUGUUCUAUUCAGAAAUAACUUUUUGUCAGUUAAAAGUUUCCUUUCUCUCUCUUUAGCGUCUCUGAAUCUCUUGGUUAAAGCAUUUUGUGGUGCUUUCUCUGAAGGAAAAUAUAAAAACAAAUUGUGUUGUAUACAGGAUGUCAAGAAACUUCACAAGCAAAUUCAGAGAUGUUAUGCAGAAAAUCGCAAAGCACUCCAUCCUGUACAGGUAUGUUGUUGUAAACUAUUUUCUGAUUUUUGUGUUCGGACCGGUUAGUUAUAUACAUGAAAUGUGAAAGGCCACUCCUUCCAAAAAUGAAAAUAUAUUCUUUAAUAACAUAGACAUAAUUUGAUAGUAUUUUUGUCAGACUUCCAUUUCAAUAUAUUAUUAAGAAGACAGUGCAAAUAUCUGUGUAUGCCUAAAAACAGGUAUAAUCUUGUCAUGCAGUUAAUAUUUUAGAGUACUUGUGUGUUUUGUUUUGCUGUGGAACAUUUUGGGCAAAAUCCUGUUUUGUUAAAUCCUGUUUUGAGUUUUACUCAAACUAAUAAAGCUAAAAUAAUCAAAAUUCAUUUGAACACCUUCAAAAAUAAUAUAUGUUUGUAUUGUUAGGGACGGAGGAGUACCUAAUUAGAAGUUAGAUAUUAGCAGUCAACAUUAUACACUUCUUUUGCCUUUUUGUCUUCCAAAGUUUUACUUGACUAGCCAUGGAGGCCAGCUGAAGGACAACAUGAAUGAAACUGACAAAGGAUGGGUAAACUGGAAGGUACUAGCAAUUUCAGAUUUGCUUACCUUUUGUUGUGAACACUUUUUCACCUUGUUUGUGUGUUUACAUGAAUGCCCCAACCACUCUGAGAGGCUUCCAACAGAAUAUAAAAAACACAGCAAAACAUCAGACAUUAAAAACUUGCAGAUACAGGGCUGCCUUCAUAUGUCUUCAGAAAGUUGUAUAAUUGUUUAUCUCUUUGGCAUCUGAUGGGAGGGCCUUCUACAGGGCAGGUGCCACUACUGAGAAGGCCCUCUGCCUGGUUCCCGGUAACAUCACUUCUUGCAGUGAGGGAACUGCCAGAAGGCCCAUGGAACUGAACCUUAGUGCCUGGGCUAAAUGAUGUGAGUGCAAAUGCUCCUUCAGUUAUACAGCGCCGAGGCUGUUUAGGGUUUUAAAGGUCAAUACCAACACUUUGAAUUGUGUUUGGAACCAUACUGAGAGCCAGUGUAGAUCUUUUAGGAACGUUGUUAUAUGGUUCUAGCCAUAUGCUCCCAGUCACCAGUCUGGCAGCUGCAACCACAUCACUACUAGCUUUUAGGAAACACAUGAGGUGGGAAUUCUCAACCACAUCAUUUCUAGCUUAUUAGAUUGGGUCGUGAACUCUUUUAAUUCCUCCUUUUUUGUCUGAUGAUUUUCUGUCCAGUCAGUUAUGAAAUGGUAGUUUGAGUGAGAAGGCUGCUUUGUUUAUAUCUGGGUUUCUGAAUUAUAAGUGAAGAUUGAUAAAUUUGAAGAAAAGAACAGUAUUGCAGUUCCUAAGUGAAUGAGCAUAUGUACAAAAGGACCUUGUUGCAGCUUUUUCAAUUGCUGUUUUAAAAAAAUUCUGCUGUUUUGAAGCCAGCCAUGAAUCAAGUUUUUCUGCUCUGUAUCCAGGCUGAUUGGGACAUGUUUCUUGACAAGAAAGUAGUUUGAUUCAGAGGAUCUGCUCAAGAUGUAAUGUUGGGCAGGUUCUCUUGAGACAGACUGAUUGACUUCCUUCUGCCUUGGAGGUGGAAGUAAAAAUCUCAUCUAGUCUUCCAAGUAGAGCCAGUGACAUUGUUAAAAUCACACCCACCACAUUAUAGCACAUGUAGAAAAAACAGUCUCGAAUGUAGCUGCUUUUUGUAACUGUGUCUACCACUUUGACUGGUUCUCUGAGAAAGUCCUUGAAUAUUUAGACAAUUUAUUUAAUACAUUUGUGUGUAUUUGUAUCUUGAAGGAUAUCCACAUUAAAUCAGAACAUUAUAGUGAACUGAUGAAGAAAGAAGACCUUGUGUACCUUACAUCGGACUCUCCUGAAGUCCUGAGUGAACUAGAUGAGUCCAAAGCCUAUGUCAUUGGAGGCCUUGUGGAUCACAAUCAUCACAAGGUAGAGAACUAAUGUGUGGAAUCCUGUGUAUCUUUACUUGGAAAGAAGUCCCGUUGAACUCCGUUAAUGUGCGUAGAAUGCUAUGGAACAUGAUUAUUUUAAGCUGCUGUUUUGUGUUAUAAUGUGAAAGGCAGGCUGCUGCUUUUCUGGGCACCUGGCAACAUCUACUAAAGUAGUGGAUUUUUCAUUCUUGAGUUACUUCCUCAUUGAAUGCUUUGAAACUGAGCAGCAAACAUUCUGUUAAAAGCCCCCCCCCUUUUUUUUGGCUUUGCUCUUUUAGAAUUGGUGGUUGCUUCUGCACAUUUUUGCCUCCUUCAGUAGCCAGUCACAUCAGACUGAGCAUUUGGAAUGCAAAUUCUUUGUGUCAGCAAUUUAUAUUUGGAAAGACAGAGAGGUCAAACUAAAGGCAAAUAAACUAAGAAAGACAGACUAUCUACUGCCCCACAGUUGUGGGAAGGAUGGGAAGAGAAGACAUUAAUAAAUCAUCAUACUUCACUUGCCAGAGAAAUCUUUCUGUGCAUGAGGGAUGUACUGGAAAAGCAGAGGGGUUAAAAAGCUACACUGUUCUCUGAUGAAGUAUGAUGUGAGGCGCUUACAGUGCAUUUAAUCACCCUGCACCAGGACUCAUAAAACAAAUUUGAAGGAAUACUGAGUUUUCAGGUUGGCUUCAGAUUACGGUAGUCACGUAAUCUGGGGAACCGGGUUCGCGUCUCCGCUCCUCCACAUGCAGCUGCUGGGUGACGUUGGGCCAGUCACACUUCUCUGAAGUCUCUCAGCCCCGCUCACCUCACAGAGUGUUUGUUGUGGGGGAGGAAGGGAAAGGAGAAUGUUAGCCGCUUUGGGACUCCUUAAAGGGAGUGAAAGGCGGGAUAUCAAAUCCAAAACUCUUCUUCUUCUUCUUCUUCCCCCCUCCAUCAUUCUGUACAUGAAAUUUACAAUUUGGCAUUUGCAGCCUAUGCUGCAGUAUGAUCCCUAAAACAGCUACAGCAAAUGCCCACAUCAGCAGUGUUUCUGUGGUUGCUGCUGAUAUUAACAGAUCAUUCUCUGUGAUGGUUAUUUUAAUCAUAUUUAAUGUAGUAAUGGUAGUAACUAAGAAUAGACUCCCAAGUAGCAUAUCCAAGUGUUUGUAACAAAUAGAGAUGCUGAACAUAAGCUUAAGUGAACAUAUUUAGAAUAUACAAAUAGAGCAAGCAGUUGGGUGAUAAUAGUAAACAUACCAAGCACUUAAUCAUCUUGUUCUUCCUUUAGAAAUCUGAGUGGUUCAUAGUGGGUCUUCUCAUCGAUAAGAAGGUGGCAUGCAACUAAAGCACACAGAAUAAUUUCAGGGAAAUACUUGCUUAAGAGCGAAUUUUCCAGUAUUUUUGUGCAACCUCUGACCUGCAGGUGUCUUGAAAAGUCCGGCUUGUAAAUGAGCUGUAUUUGCCUGCUUGAGUAUGAAUUGCAUCAAGUUAUUUGUUUGAACACACAUAAGGCACAAACAGUAAAGCCUCUUAGGAUAUAGUUGCAAAACAUUUUACUAAUUUGAAACAAACCAUAUAUAAGCUGUAUGGAACUUUUUUUAGUUGUGCCAUAUGAUUUCUUCUAUGUACUCACAGCUCUAUAUAUAUAUAUAUGACAAAACUCUUAACAUUCUGUGAAAGUCACAAUGUACAGAUCUGAUAAUCAGAAUUAAUUACUUUUUCUUCCGUGUCUUAUUACAGGGCAUUACAUACAAAAGAGCACAAGAAGAAGGCAUAAGUCAUGCACAACUUCCACUAGGGAUCUUUGUGAAAAUGAACAGUCGGAAAGUUCUGGCAGUCAAUCAUGGUAAGGAUGAAAGUAAACAAAAAAUGAAACAUUGAAGAAUAAGUGUGUGUAUAGUCAAAUGCACGACACUUUCCUUUGUUCUCCUUUUAAAAGCUGAUGGUUUAAAUAUGGACCUUUCUGAUUUUUGCCUAUACUUUCUUUGUGGCAUUCAUCUGAGAUCAUUGUCAUCUGUUAUCUCAUUAUGUCAGAUGUCUUUUUAACUUAGCACCCACAUGUUGUGAUUCAGUAGAUAAUAUUAGUGAUAGUAGUAGUAGUAGUAAUAAUAAUAAUAUUUUUGUAGCAGUGAGUGAGAGAAAACACAGUCGUUUGGUCUAGUGCCACAGGUAAUGCAGUAAUUCACCUGUGUGUAGUGGCUCUAGACCUCUUGAAGGAUUAUGAAGCUGCAUAUAGUAAAUGUGGCAGCAGGCAGUGCGGAUGAGCAUACUAGCUCUUACUCUUUGUUGUCAUCACCCUUCACAUGUGGACAGUGCAGUGGGGAGCCUUCAGUACUUUUGGAGGUUCCCCACGUUUUAAGGCUCUGAUUUUUCAGAGUUCUAAAACUGUUUCGCGCUGCCCCAUUCAUGUUUAUUACAGUUUGAAAAUACAUAAAGUGAGCUGUAUGCUUCUUUUUCUUUUUAAUUUCCACUAAUUCUUAUUUGUUUCCAAAUUUACUAGUAGGCAUGUUUUUCAUAAAUGUCAGAGACCAGUACCAUUACUUGCCACAUGUGCUGACUAUUUGAUAGCAAGCCAACUUUUCAGAACAAGAAACUAGCUUUUAUUUUUCAACUUCACAUCCACUGGAUUUCAGCAGUAAUGAUAACACCUGAAAGUCUAAGAAACUAAGCAAACAAUGCACACCACUCCCCUCCCCCAGUUAUUAUGUCUCAAUUGAUGGAUGUUAAUUGCCACGCCCAUAAAUAGACGAUUAGACAAUUAAACAAGAAAUACUAGGGGAAACUUGGUAAUUGCUUCCUACACAGCAAACACAUGCUGACUACUUGCAUAGCUGAAAAUGCUAUAUAAUAUUGGCAGGUGUGAAAGCUUUGCUUGUUGAAUCUUUCUGUGUAUGAUUAAUUACCUUUAUUUUUGCUGCAGAGGUUAUAAUUAAAUUUAGUUUCAUAACUUCAAUAAAUUUCUGAUUCUGUCAGACACUUCAGUUAUUUUUAAAGGAACAUGUGAUCUUUUUGCUGCAGUGUUUGAAAUCAUCCUUGCAUUCUUGGAAAAGAGAGACUGGGAGGAAGCAUUUUUCACUGUGUUGCCACAACGGAAAGGAGCCAAACCACUAAAUGAGACAACCGAAGCCACCAUGUGCAAGCUGCAGAAGUCAGAAAUGGUACAAGGUGAAAUCUCAGAUAGCGAAUAAGCAUCUCUGGAUGUUAAUUUAAUUUAAAUAUUUAAUAUCCAAAGAUGGGAAUGGUUUGCUGUCCUUGCAAUGUACAGUUGUUUAUGCAGUGCUGCAUAGCUUAUCUGUUAGUAUGAAGCACUAAUUUUAUUUGCCAGAUCUGGACUUGUACUAGUUAGAAAAUACUUGAUUUUUGGUAGCUUUUUAGCCUGCUAAAGGGCGUUUAAAGAAAACUUUGUUUCCCAAGGAAGCUGAUAUAUAUAUUUCUUUUUAUUAUUUUUAUUUAAUAUUUGCCAGAAGAGGGAGCUUUAAGUUUGAGUAGCACCUCUGCUUUUUAUUGACCAUGCCAAGAUUGUUUUCACAAGUACUACUGCCAAAUCACUUGUUCCGUAUUAAUACCUGUGUAUCUGAUUUCCCCAUCCUUGAACACAGAGUUUUGUAUUAAAUACAUAACUUUGCUAGUUUCAACCAGUUUUCCAUUCAAAUUUAAUUCCUGUCUUCUGAGGCAUUCAUUUAGCCAUCACUCUCAAUUUUCUGUUAUGAUAUUUAGGCUAUAAGACUUUCAUUAAUGCAUUUUAUGUUACUAAUUUUGUCCCAUUAAAAAAAGAAGCAGAUCAUGAUUUGUACAGUCCUGUUUGUGUCUGUAGUCUUCAUGUUAUAAAUAGCAUAUGCACAUAUGCACUGAAAUACUUUUCCUCUUUGUAUUUCUGUAAGGAGAAGCUGAUGUAACAGAGCUGCUAAGGGCGAACUUCCAGGGCCAGCUGAAUCAUUUCAGUUAUCUAGCAAUGCAUUUUAAGAAUGAAGUGGCAGGUUAAAUUAGACUUAGAGUAAAUGAGUGGCUUCCAGUAGCCUUCCCCAACGUGGUGCCCUCCAGAUGAUUGAAUACAACUCCCAUCAGCCCCAGCCAGCAUGGCCAAUUCACCUUUCAAGUUUGAUGACUGAGUAGGGAUUUGAGCCCAAAUCUAACACUGUUUUCAAUACCACACUUGUUCUUCUCAUAAAAAGCAAUGCACUAAAUGUUUGUGGGGGUGCUGCACAUCUCAUGUAAUUUGCGUAUCUUUCCAGUAAGAGAAUACCACCAGCUAACCCACAUAACUUUCCCUGCCUUGCUAAUGGCAUCUGCAUCAUGUUCACAACAGACUGCUCUGGUUGUUUGGCACUGGUAACCACUAAAUCUUGGUCUGAUCUGUUUUAAAAACUAAUAUUAAAGUUCCCAUGGAAGUCUACUUUAUUUGCUGUCUCUAUUGCAUUAACUACCUUUUAAGAAAACAGUUGACUAUGUGCAGUUCCCAUAACAUACUGAUUGUUUAUUGUACAUUGUAGAGGUUUUUCAUUUUAAUGACCUGGAACAAAAUCUCCAAUGGCAUGUUUAAUAACUCCCUAGAGCAAGUUAUAUAAAUAUGUGCCCAGGAAUAUUGGGUUGCAGUCUGCACACUUUUAUGAAGUGUUUGACAUGGAUGUAUGGCUAUUUAAAUUAUUAUGACUUUAGAUUUGUGUAUCUGAGUCUUUUCCGUAGCCCCAGACAGACAGGAUCCUGAAGACUGCAGACUCAGCUGUUAGUGUCUGGGGGAAAGAGUUUGAAGAUGGGCCAUAUCACUAUUAUUGUACAAUGAAAUGUGACCACCUCACCAGAAUAGUCUUGGCUAUCAUUUCUGUGCUCUGACUUGUUUUGGUUCUUCUUUUGGUGGGAAACUCAAGUCAGCAAAAGAGCAGGUGCACAUGGGUAUUGGGUGGAAGGGGAGUUGGAGGGUAUAGGCAUUAUUUUUCCUCCUGCAACUUUAUGCUAGGGUAAAUAAACAGAUGGCUGUGCAUCAGUAUCCAAAGGGCAAUAUAUGGUGUUCCAUAUGUGCCCUGUGGCUUUUCCAGCCCUCAUCUCACUGUAGCCCCUCGAUUUUCCCCAAGCUGCUUCUGAAGGCGGGGAACCAUUCACAGAAGUGACACAAGGAGCUGUAUCCCGAAAGAGAAAGUGGAUUGCCCUCCCCAUCCAUGCACCUGCAGAAACCUAUCAUUUGUGCAUAGUGCUCUGAAUUACAAUAUAGAUUUCAUGGCAAGUACACUGGAAGAUAUUAUUUAUAUACCACUUAACACUAACAACAAUAUUAAAACUUUCUUGGGUUGAGAAAUUAAGGGAAAGUGUGUAAGCAGGUGUUUCUUUUAUGUAAGUAACAAGACCUUAAAAACUGGCUUAGUGGCUAAUAGGUCCCUCAGCACUGGUGUGACAUGUAUUAGGUGGCACAACUCGAAACCUAGGUUGUAGGUAUUAAAAAGUGCCUUUUAGCACUCAGCAACUGAAUUGCCAGAAUGUUGACAAUGGAGUCCAUCAGCACUGUUCUGAGUUAUGGCGGCCAUCACUGCCUUUUGAGGCGGUGAGUUCCAUAGUUUGGCUACAUGCUGCAUGCUCAUUUGAAAUCUGUUAGAAAGAGAGAGCGUAUUGCAUUUCCUUUCAUUCUGGCUUUUGGGUUAAUAUCACUGAUCCGAGUAAAUAGCUGGAUUCUCUCGGAACAGCCAAAUAGAAGGGGCUCCCUUAAUGAAUUGUCUUGACCCCAGUCCUAACAAACUACAUGGAUAUGAACUCCACUAAAAUCCAGCAGAUUGGAGUGCUAUUGAAUGACUAUACUAUAGCCACUUAAAGCGUUACUGACCUGAAUGAAGCCCAGGGGAGCUGUACUAAGUUGUAAACUGUUGACUUAUUUUUUCGAAUGUUGACCUGCAGUGCAUUAAUUUUAAAGAAUAUUCAAAAUUCUGAAGAUUAUGCAGAAAUAGAUCACUUCUAUCAUUUGUAUUCAGAAAGAAUGAAAAUGUCCACGAUAUAUUUUCAUAUCAAUUACCAAGACACAAUGACAUGCACUCUUAAAAACAAAAUGUUUAUUUAGCAUUUUGUUUACCAGUGUUCUAACAUUCAGUUUUUUGUGUAUGUGUGUUUAAACUUUACAAAUACCUGUUUAGCAGGUAAAACUCUUAAGGUCUAAAUAGUGUGGCUAUAAACUUUUUCUAACAACAAAAAUGACACUUUAGAGCUUUGGAAAAAAUUGUGUGAGAUUCACUGUACAUGUUAUCUUCCAAGAAAAGCAUUGUGCUGGUUUUCAGAUGCUCUGAAAUCGGGCCUCACCUCUUGAAGCAGCGUUGUGUCGCUUAGAGUAAGCCUUGUUGUACAGCAACUGGGUGCUGUUUUGGGAUAAUGCAGGACUGUGGGGGUGACUUUGAAGAACUGUGAGUUUGCUGGGGGAACGCUCUAGAGUCUCAGAAGUUGGGAUUCGGAUUUUCUCUCUUGUGUGUGUACUUCUCUCCCUGUCUGAAAGAGAUUGUGAAAAUCAAAGCUACAUUAAUGCACUGAUAAUAAUAAUAUAAUAAUAAUUUAUUAUUUAUACCCCACCCAUCUGGCUGGGUUUCUCCAGCCACUCUGGGCAGCUUCCAACAAAAUAUUAAAAUACAAUAGUCUGUUAAACAUUAAAAGCUUCCCUAAACAGGGCUGCCUUCAGAUGUCUUCUAAAAGUCUGGUAGUUGUUGUUCUCUUCGACAUCUGAUGGGAGGGCGUUCCACAGGACAGGUGCCACUACUGAGAAGGCCCUCUGCCUGCUUCCCUGUAACAUCUCGCAGUGAGGGAACCGCCAGAAGGCCCUUGGCACUGGACCUCAGUGUCCGGGCAGAACGAUCGGGGUGGAGACGCUCCUUCAGGUAUACUGGGCCGAGGCCGUUUGAACUGCAGGUUUUUUUGUCUAUGCAUCUAAUGACAGAGCUGUCCUCAUUUAUGCCACUAUGACAGCAGUUAUGUGUGAUGCUGUCAAGAGGCAAGAUGAUGUGGCUUCCUCUCAACUAAUUUUAAUCCAUAUGAGAUCAGUCUCUUGCAAGCAUGGUCUUAUUUUUCUGGAUAAAAAUGUACAACACAUAACUAGCCUCUCACCUUUACUGGAUACUGUUCCUCUGCUUGUAAGCCUAAAAAAGAAAGAAGAUGUCUUAGGUUUUUUUAUACAGUUUAUAUACUGUUUAAUUACAAUGGCUUUUAAGUGGUGCACAGUGAACACAGUAAAGACAAAAAGGUAAAUAUUGGUUAAAAACUAUAAAAUCAGAAGUGACUUUAAAUGCCUGCUGAAAUUUUAAGAAGAAUUCAGCAAGGAGGUGGCCUGUCUAAUAUCAGCUGAAAGAAAAUUCCAUGAAAUUGGAACAAUAUUAGGCAUUCUGCAUAGUAUGAGGUACAGUACAAUUUUUUUUUAGGAUGGUGGAGGCAGGAGAAAAAUCAAUGUGCAGAUAAUCCGGAUUUGAACAGAAAUACAACAGAAUGAUCCUGCUCUUACACUUCUUUCUUUUUAAUGAAAGUAUUAAGACAGGAAUUUGUGGUUUCCGCUUUCAACAUUCUUUAUUGCCGUGGCUGUUGCUUAGUUCAGGACCCAGGAGCAAAGAUAAACUAGCAUUUAUUAUAGUUAACAAAAUUUGAAUGCCACUUGAUCAUAGUAAAACCUCUAAGCAGUUUACAAGAAAUAGUAAAAUUAUCAAUAAACACAGUUAAAACAAUUAAACAUUUUAAAGAUUUAGUAACAUUAACAGUAAAAAAUGAAUUUUUAAAAUUCCAUCAUAUAUUUGUCCGGAUUGACUUGCAAAAAAAAAAAAAAAAGUUUUAAGCAGGGGCUUAAAAGAUAAUACAGUGAAAACGCCUGCCUGAUCUCGAUCGCAAGAGAGUACAGGUGCUGCCAGUUGUAGCCUGAGACAGUAUCUCUCAUUCAAAAUUUUACUACUGAAUGAAAUGCAAUAGAAAGCAGAUUUCCUGGAUAAAUGCACAAUUCUGCAUGGUUCCCCACCAAGAUUUAUUAUCCUCAGCUGGCUUUUAAGAUAUGACCUGAAGUUUUUGGAUUAUUUCCUGUUAGAACCGACACAGGCUAGUUUCGUCAUAAGUUAUGCUUUGGCCAGUAGCUUACAUUAAUGGUUUGGUGGUUUGGAAAUGACAUGGAUUUUUCCUUUUCUUUCUCAACCUACUUUACUUGUAUAAAUUACAAGAUCUCAACAUCACCAUCCAUGGUGAGCAAAAAGUGCUAGUUGUGAAUAAUCCCAGCCCAUGCUGCAAACAAGGCAAAUGACCAACCUGGCGGCUUUCCACGUAGCACCAUACCUAGGGCAAUACAUUAUCAAUUUUACCUGUGCCGGCUCUCUUCACUUGCUGGUUUAUUCUGAAGUGCUCUUUCAGCUUUCAGCAUAUCUCGUAAACUCAGAGCCUCUACGUCAGCUUCUUUCAGUGCCCUUUUCUGAUAAUUCAGCAGAUCUCGGCUGGUCACGUCGGAACGGAUGAAAUUGGACACAAACUCCUUCUCUGAAACAACAUUACCAGGUAGUAAUAUUAAUAUAAUGGAUAUGUCAGGGACUUCUCUGUGCAUAGAAAGGCUACUCCCCAUUUUCUUCCGAUGGCAGAGAAAGGUCAACACAAGCCUAUUUCAUAGGAAGAACACUCCCAGAAAUAGGAGAGGAUCAUAUGGGCAUAUCUGUGUGUGCACCACAGACUAAACAUGCUUUGUGAAUAAAGUAUUGAAAAUAUCCAAGAUCUUAAUCUUAAGGGUAUAACUGUGAUACUACUUCUUUCAUCUAAUGAAAAUAAAAUGCAUUCCAGGUUUUUCUCCAUUCAGGUUCCCCCUCCAUAAUAUUUCUUAAACAAAUCUUAAGUUCUUUAAAUAUAACACAUACGACGCCUGUGAGAAACAUACAAGCAGGAUUCAAGCACAAGAGCACUUUCCCCUCCUUUGGUUUCCAGCAGAUUUCUUGUUAAAUCAUCACAACAGUGGGAGAUGUGUGAAAAUUAAAUAUUAUCUAAUUUGGGGUGGUCCUCCUAUCAGCUGUCACCUGGCAGCAGCCAUUGCAUCAGACUGAAACAGGAGGGAAGAGGAGUGGUGCAAGACUGUUCCAAGAGACCAGCUGCUCUGCAAACCUUUUCUGGCUGAAGAGGGGGGUAAAAUGCUAUACAUAAAUAAAGCAUGGGUGCAGGCCAGGGGGUGGGGUCAGAUUCUGUCCAAGGCCAGAACCUGAGAAUUGUAUAGCCCGUCCAAUCACUUUAGGUGGCAGGAUCUGGGGGCUCAUUCCCUGUGACCAGAGCGCUUUGGUAAUUUCUCCUCACAUAAAAGUUUGCUACCACCCUCUAAUCUAGUGGGACCCCCUUAGCGUCACUCGGGGAGUGGAGGAUGCAAGUGUUGAAGUAAGAAUCAACUGCUUCUGUACAUAAAAGUGAGGAGAGCAUGAAUGUACAGUGGUGCCCCGCUAGACGAAUGCCUCGCAAGACGAAAAACUCGCUAGACGAAAGAGUUUUCCGUUUUUUGAGUCGUUCCGCAAGACGAAUUUCCCUAUGGGCUUGCUUCGCAAGACAAAACGUCUUGCGAGUUCUUGCGAGUUUGUUUCCUUUUUCUUAAAGCCGCUAAGCCGUUAAUAGCCGUGCUUCGCAAGACGAAGAAACCGUCUUGCGAAGAAACCGCAAGACGAAGAGACUCGCGGAACGGAUUAAUUUCGUCUUGCGAGGCACCACUGUAGAUGAAUGUAGGUUGCCUCGGGCAGCAAAAUGUCUUGGGACAGCUCUGGGCUAUAUAGAGGUAUAUUGGGUUGGGCAGGUGUCAGUUCAUUUCCUUCCAUCCUGAAACAUCCCUAGAUAUUGUGGGAGCUUUAGAACCUCCUGCCAUGCCACAGCUGGCUUAGCUGUGACAGCUGGGUAGAGAGAUACCUCCUCUGUUAUAUAUUCAGUAUCCCUCAAGUAUGCAAAAACUGCUACCGUGUUUGGGGUUGACACUUCUAAACUGGUAGGCAUUCAUCCAAUAGUUUGGUAUCAAAGGGAACGAUAAUCUGAUUUUAUAUACAUCGAGAUAGAUAUACAAAGAGGGGUGUGUCCUGCCUGCCGCAUGCAGCCCAAAGUCAGUUGACACUUCAGCCAUGUGCAACUAUCACAUUUUCUCUCCUUACCUUUUAGAGUUGCCUUUGAUAACCAGGUUUGGAUCUCUGCAAGCGAGUCUGUCUGUAAAAUAUCACGAAGCCUUUCCAAGAUCUAGGAGGAGGACAGAUCAGACCGAUGAAGCACUGCAGUCAGGGCUGCCGCAAUACAUUUUCCUGUCUAAAAUGGGAAGAGUGCUGUUGCCCUUAGGUCCUGGCUUGCAGGCUCUCCAUCUUGUGGGCCAGUGGGAGAAAAAGAUGCUGUGCUAGAUGGGCCAUUAGCAUGAUGUAGCAGUGUCUUCUUCUGUUCUUAUGACACCCCCACCCCAAUUACACAUAUGGAAGCCAAAUGGGGUGGCACUUAAACAUCAGCCAGGGGACAGUGUCCUUCACCACACCUGAGGGAACAGGAUAGCUCAGAGGGCAC